CCACGAAUUGUAUCUGAAGAAAUCUACAAAGCGUAAGAAUCUACAAUAACAGAAGUCAUUGCCUCAUCCUCUUACCUCUCUCUCUCUCUCUCUCUCUCUCUCUCUCUCUCACUGUGCAAGUGCCAAGUUUGAUUCCUUGAUUUGAAGAAGUUUGUUGGUUGCUUUUGAGUUGCGGAAGAAACAAAUGGAGAAAAAACAAGUUGGGGAGCUUGUAUCGGUGACGUUCACAUGGAGGAUUGAGAAAUUCUCUAAGUUGAGAUCCCAGAAGCAUUACUCUGAUGGUUUUAAUGUCGGUGACUUUCGAUGGCAGAUUGUCGUAUAUCCGAAGGGCAGCAGCGGAACCCCUGGAACGCACGACCUGUCGAUAUAUUUGAAUGUUGCAGAUGCUUCGGCAUUGCCAUCUGGGUGGAGUAGAUAUGCCCAAUUUACCUUGACCGUUGUCAAUCAAGUCAACUAUGAUAAGUCAAUAACAGUUGAAACUAAACAUGUGUUCAGCGCAAGGAAAAGUGAUUGGGGCUUCACAUCAUUCAUGCCUCUAAGUGAGCUUUGUGAUUUCUCCCAAGGGUUUCUUGUGAAUGAUACAUGUGUUCUUGAAGCUGAGGUUGCUGUCAGUCAGGUUGACUAUAUGGCCGAAGUCAACGAAACUUGGUUUUGUCCGCCUAUAAAGCCCUCAGACCAUGAAGAUGAAAGGCAAGGGCAUACAGAUGUGGAUGCCGUACAACUUACAGCGCCUACUUCUGAACAGAUACUUGCUUUUCAGGAUGCAUCAAGUUCUGAACAAAAGCAAACAAAUGAUUUUGAGCAAGUUCUAAUCUCUUCAGUAGCAGUUACUACACCUAGUUCUGCUCAAGUGCUGGCCUUGUGGGAUGGACCAAGUGAUGGACAAGUUUGGACUGGGGGUAACAAUAGCCUUGUUGGAUCUCCGAUAUGCAAGAAACAUGAGCAAAAACCCUCUGCCCCAGUUGGCGAGCUCAUGGAUUUCAGGGGUUUAGGGCAAAUAGACAAAGCUUUUGUUCCAUUUCUAGAGGAAGUCUGUUUGUUGCAUCCUUCAUUGAUCAAGUGCCAAAGGAAGAGAAGUCCUAUGUUUACUGCGUGGGCAUUCACAGCUUUGGGUAGACUCCUGUAUUUUCUAAAGACUACCAAGGGUACCGAUAUGAAUGAGGAUGCUUGUGAGCACCUUCGACUUUCAUGGGAGGAGCUUGAGUCCUUCAGAUUUGACUUGGCUUGGUUGGAGCCUCACAUUCAGUCCGCUUUGGGUAUGAAGAAGUUUGUGGAAAGGGAACUAGAGGUAAAAGGGCUGAGAAAUAAUGUGGAUUCUUUGGAGAUUGAAGUCAAGAGGUUGAAGGCUAGGCUAAAUGUGGCAGAGUUAGAUUUUGAGGAUGCGAAAAGAGACAUGGGAGAGGCCGAAGAAAUCUUUGUUGAAAUAAAUAUGGAUAGCGAGCUUGGUUAUGGUGGGAGGCAAUAGCCGUACUCCUUCUCCCUUCAAUAAUGUAUAUGUCUUUGCCAAUACUAGGUUUAAUUUGGUCCUCGUUCGUUGCUUAUACAUAUAUAUCGAGACUCGAAAAUAUGAUUAUUAUUUUAGUCUUA